UAAUGCUUUUGGAAGUGAGCCUAAAGUUGUUGUUACUGAUCAAGAUGCUGCAAUGAAGAGAGCUAUUAAGGAUGUACUUCCAAGAAGUAGGCAUAGGUUAUGUAUGUGGCAUAUAUGGGAGAAAUUGAAGACAAAGGUUGGUCCUGUUUUGUCAGCAAACACUGAUUUUAAUACAAGAAUGACUCAUGUUGUUUGGAAUGAUACUAUUAUUCCAGAAGAUUUUGAAACUGAGUGGCAUUCAAUAAUUUCUACUUUUGGAUUGGAAAAUCAUGAGUGGUUAAAAGACAUGUACGAUCUUCGAUUUAAUUGGAUUCCUUCUUAUUACCAUGGAGAGGAUUUGGCUGGGCUUAUGCGUACUACGUCAAGAUAUGAAAGCGAGAAUUACUUCUUUGGUCAGAUUUGCAAUCCAAGAUGUACACUUGUUGAAUUUUUCACUCAUUUUGAGACUGCAAUGGAUAUUCAAAGGCAUGAGCAUAGGAGGAAUGAUCAUGAUACAAGGUAUAUUGAGUGUAAACCGUGGAGUGACUUUCUAUUGGAGAAACAAGCAUCAGAAAUAUACACUCAAACAAUUUUUAAGGAUAUUCAAAUUGAAAUUGAUGCUGCUAUUACAAAGUGUAUGUCAAAGUCUGUUGAUACUGUGGGUGAUGUUCAAUAUUUUGAAAUAAAGGAUUUCAGACAGCCAUUCACAUCUUUUUUCAAGGUGCAAUACAACAAAGAAGAAGAUGGUUUAAGUAUAAAUUGUUCUUGCAAACGGUUUGAACAAUUUGGUAUAUUGUGCCGCCAUAUAUUUUACGUAUUACGGUAUGAGGAUAUUAGUGAGUUUCCUAGAAGAUAUGUUCAUAGAAGAUGGACGAGAGAUGUCGUUUCAGUGGGAUCAAAUCAUUCAAAUAUUCGAUUUGAUAAAAUUGGUAGGAAUAGUGAGAUUGAUAAAGUUUAUAGAGAGAUUGUUGUUGCAAAUGAGUACGUGGUUAAUAGGCUGGUUGGCGAUUUAGAUGAACUGUGUCAUUACAGGGAUCAUAUUAAAAGUUAUAUUGAUAAAGCGGAUGAGGUUAUGGUUGUUGCGCCGCCUCCUACUCGCAAAGAAAGAUUUGCUGAUAUCGGAGGGAACAUAGAGAAAUCUGAUUCUAUGAUUCGUGUCCCCAUCAAAACUAGGACCAAAGGAUGCGGUGUACAAAAAAGGAUCAAGUUUAAUCGUGAGAUUGCAAUUCAGAAAUCAUCAAAGAUCCAGAAAUCGUGCCGUGUUUGUGGUGGAAAAGGACAUAACAGUCGAACAUGUAAAGAUAAGGUUUCUUCUAAUGCUAUAGGUUCCAGCAAUGCAAUGUAA